AUGUGGUUUGGUGAAAGUGAGGCUAAUGUUCACGAGUUGUUUGACAAGGCGCGGCGAUCGGCUCCUUGUGUCCUCUUCUUCGAUGAAUUGGAUUUAAUCGAGUUUCAGAGAGGAAGUAGUAGUAGAGGAGAUGCAGGAGUAGCUGCUGAUAGAGUAGCUACCAAUAGGCCUGACAUUAUUGAUCCAGCACUGUUGAGGCUUGGCCAGCUCGAUCAACUGAUUUACAUCCCUCUCCCUGAUGAGGAUUUGCGUUAUCAGAUCUUCAAGUCUUGUCUCAUGAAAUCACCUAUUUCUUCUAAAGUGGACCUGAGAACCCUAGCCAACUUUACUGAAGGCUUCAGCGGAGCUGACAUCACCAAACUAUGCCAACGGGCAUGCAAGUACGCUAUCAGGGAGGACAUCAAGAAAGAUAUCGAGAAGGAGAGGAUGAGUAGCAAUAAUCAUCCUCAAGUUUCGGAGAUGGAUGAUGGAGUUUCUGAAAUCAAGCCUGCUCACUCGAGGAAUCAAUGA